AUGAAUCGAGCAGCCCAGCUUGAUAAACGUUUCAACGACAUUCUCAGAGGCAAAGUCCCUGCCGAUGCACGAAGCUACCCUCUCUUAUUGGAAGCGAUUUGUACACAGCAAGACCCUGCGGCCUGCAUCAACAAAAUCGUUGAGAGCUCCCAUGGCUCAAACGCAGUUCAGGCUGCUAUGCGUCACAAUACCAGUUCCCAGUUCCUCAACGACACUGCAGCCAAGCUUCUGUUAUAUCUCUUCCGAGCACCGGACCUCGGUGAAGUCUUGGAUCACUUGCUCACCGCCAUCGUUGAUCCCCCAAUUUUUUGGAGUGCCUUCAGCCAAGCAUUCGAUCAAGGUAAGCUCAAUGAGCCAGCCCAGGAAGCAUUCGCGGUGCUCCUCCUUCGCCUCAUGUCCCUCACUACGGGGAAUACGUCAUCAUACCGUGACGUCGCAAAGAAGCCUAGUAUCCUUACGAGGCUUCUCAAUUCAUCGCAACAGACCGUCAAAGACAUUGGCUACCGCAUCGAACAUAUUCUUUCCACCCCCGAGUCCGGCGUACUUGUCACUGCAGUCGGUGAACCUGGUGGUCGGCAUGAUAACGAUUUCGUCGACUUCAGGGAGAUCUCCAUUCUUCCAACUGCAGACGAGAUCCUCUGCCAGCAGCCUCCUUUCAUUCGCCCGAGCAGUGUAUUGGAGGAUCCUGAUGGCGAAGAAACUCGUACAGCUGACUACUUGGAUAACACCUUCCGCUUGCUGCGCGAAGACAUGUUAUAUGAGAUAAAAGAAGAGCUCCAGACCGUUUUGGGACGGAAGAAAGGGCGCUAUCGUGGGCUUACCAUCGAUGGCGUCACACUCGAGGGUGUUUAUAGCGGUACAGAUGAUAGAAAGACUCGGUGGGGCAUCAAGCUCAAAUGCCGAGACGAUUUCAAGUCGAUGAAGGAUCUUUCCGAAAAGAAGCGCAAGUCUUAUCUCGAAAAGGAUCCUGCGGGCGUCAGAAUUCUCAAACAUCAGUCUCUUGUUUGCAUACUUUCAGGAAAUCAAAUCAUCAGUCUCGCAAGUGUUCACCGCGUGGAGGCACUGCUUGCGCAGAAGCCACCUGUUAUCGUGCUUCAGCUGGAAGGGGAGGCUAGCAUCGCAAAGACUCUCCUUCAGCUGCAGUCAUCGGAUACCAUUCGGCUCAUUCAGAUCGACACUGCAAUUUUUGCCUUCGAGCCAGUCUUGAAGGCUCUGCAGAACACGCAGUUCAUUCCGCUUUCGGAGGAGCUCCUGUUCUGGAAGGACGGGAACCUCGUUGGCGGCGUUUCGGUGACGGCGACUCAGGUCACGCGACCACUCGCUAUGAAUCCCUCUGUGAAUUUGCAGCGGCUCCUGGGGACUUCAUCUAGUAUUGUGCUUGAUAAGUCUCAGGCGGCAUCACUUCUGGCAGGACUCACGCAGAGGCUUUCCCUUAUCCAGGGCCCUCCAGGAACUGGGAAGUCAUUCAUUGGCGCACUGCUUGCGAAGGCUAUCCACGAUCACACCGAACAGAAAAUCCUUGUAGUCUGCUACACGAACCACGCCCUGGAUCAAUUCCUGGAAGAUCUCAUGAAGAUCGGUAUCCCGGAGACUAACAUGAUCCGUCUUGGCAGCAGAGCAAACGCGCAGGUCGCCCAUCUUGGCAUUGCGGGGAAUAAAGAGCGUUUCAUCCGAUCCAAAGCUGAUUGGGCUAUCAUCAACAAGCUGAAGAGGGCGUCGAGUGUUCACUGCAACAAUCUAGAGGACGCCAUGGACAGGUUCAUAGCCUCGAAGAUGGGGUUCAAGGACGUCCUCACGUACAUCGAGAUGGAGGACUCGAAAUACUUUGAUGCAUUCCACGUCCCUGAAUAUGACGAUUCAGGAAUGACUCGUGUCGGCAAGGGCGGCAAAGCAGUCUCCUCGGAUGAACUCAUCUCUAGAUGGUCUGGAGGAUCUAACGCUGGGCAGUUCAAAGACGAGCUCAAUGUACGUGAGGCGGCUGAUAUCUGGAAGAUGCCUGCGGACGCUCGCCAGAGCAUGAUGGAGAAAUGGAGGUCGGAGAUACGCAAUUCAAUCCUCGAGGAAAUUCGCACACUUGGCAAGAGUUACAACGAGUGCCAAGAUCAACUGACAUGCAAAUUUGGGGAAGCCACUGUGGCGACCCUCAUGGGGAAGAGAAUCAUUGCAUGUACGACGACUGGAGCAGCCAAGUUGGCAAAAGACAUUCGUGCGGCGAAACCUGAUAUCCUUCUCGUUGAGGAGGCUGGUGAGAUUCUUGAAAGUCACGUCCUUACUGCCAUGGGUGAGAAUACAAGUCAGAUGAUUCUCAUCGGCGACCACAAGCAAUUACGUCCCAAAGUCAACAACUACAAGCUGACUGUUGAAAAGGGCGACGGCUUUGAACUCAACAGAUCACUCUUUGAACGCCUGGUUCUUAUGGGCUUCCCUCAUCAAACCCUGACAGCCCAACAUCGUAUGCGUCCGGAGAUCUCAGCGUUCAUCAGGAAGCUCACGUACCCCGACCUCACCGAUGCUGCCAAGACCCAGGGCCGUGAUGACAUUCGCGGUAUCCAGAACAACAUCAUCUUCAUUGACCACACUCAUCCCGAGGAUAACGACCCUCGUAUUUCCGACCCAGGCGAUGGGGCCUCGUCGAAACAGAACACCUAUGAAGUCGAAAUGGUUUGGAAGAUCGUACGCUAUCUCGCCCAACAAGGCUAUGGGACGGACAAGCUGGUCGUUCUCACACCGUAUCUUGGGCAGCUCUCAACGCUUCGAGAUGUUCUGAAGAGGGACAAUGACCCUGUGCUGAAUGACCUCGACUCGCACGAUCUCAUCCGCGCUGGACUUAUGUCCCCAACUGACAAUACGUCCAAGAAGUGCAUCAGGCUUGCCACCAUAGACAACUAUCAGGGCGAAGAGAGUGAUAUUGUCAUCGCUACCCUGACAAGGUCUAAUGCGUCCAACGACAUCGGUUUCAUGAACUCCCCUGAACGUCUGAACGUGCUCAUCUCCCGGGCUCGAAAUGGAUUCAUCCUGAUCGGGAACUCGCAGACCUUUGUGAAUGCUCGGAGGGGUAAAGAGCUCUGGGGGAAAUUCUUCGAGCUCAUCAAACAAGGCGGCUACAUGUACGAAGGUUUCCCGAUCAAAUGUGAACGUCACCCAGAUCGAACGGUGCUCAUGAAAUCUGCGUCUGAAUUUGAUACUCUUUGUCCCGAUGGCGGAUGCACAGAGAUAUGCGACACCAUGCUGAACUGCGAAGCCGAACGUGCGGAGGAGAAGCGACAACGCGAACUCGAGCUGAAGCAGAAGCUAGAAGAGGAGGAGAUGGAACGUCUGAUACAACGUGAACAGGAGCAGUUGGAGCACGACUUACGCGUGGCUGAGUUGGAUGCCGAGCUUAAGGCGGAGACAGAUGCGAUAGCUGACGCCCAGGUUGCACGGCGGCGGACAAAUGUCUUGCAACAGAAAACUAAGGAUAUCGAGGCGGCCAGAGCCCAUGCACAGAAGGCGGCUGCAAAUACGCAGGCGCACGCCGACGCUUCCCGUUUUGCUUCAUCGUCCAGGUCGACAAACCCCACAACUUCCUCCAUCUCAUACUCCCAAGGCAGUGUGCCACCGAUUCCGGAUCAGCCAGGCAUUGGCGAUGCUUUCCGGAGGCAGAUGGAGGCAGAUAAAGCUGCAGCGCUGGAAGCUCAACGGAACGCAAUCGAGGAGGUAAAGAGGCGUGACGCUGAAUCGAGUAGAGCUGCCGCAAGACAGCGAGCUGCGGAGGCUGCAGCUCGGGCUCUUGCUGAGCAGAAUCAGAGGGCACGCGACCAGGCUAAGAAAGAACAACUCUUGCGCCAGUGCGAAACACUCUGGCAGCAGCAAGAAACAGACCGACGCCAAGAGGCAGAGGCGAAGGCAGCAAGGGAGAGAGCUGCUGCUUCACUCGUUCGAAUGCGUCAGGAGCAAGAGAGGAAGCAACGCGAAGAACUCGCUGAACAGAUUCAGAGGGCACGAGAGGCUGAGCAAGAACAACUCUGGCACCAGCAGGAAGCAGCUCGACGCCGAGAGGCAGAGAUGAGGGCAGCAAGGGAGAGAGCUGCUGCUUCACUCGUUCGAAUGCGUCAGGAGGAAGAGAGGAAGAAACGCGAAGCACUUGCUGAACAGACUCAGAGGGCACGAGACCAGGCUGAGCAAGAACAACUCUCGCGCCAGCACGAAACACUCUGGCGCCAGAAAGAAACAGUCCGACGCCAAGAAGCAGAGGCGAAGGCAGCAAGGGAGAGAGCUGCUGCUGCACACACUCAGGAGCAAGAGAGGAAGAAACGCGAAGAAGAGAGCACACAAGGCUACCAAUGGAUCAAACAAGUAUUACCCGGGUGGCUAUCAUUUUUCUGA